UCUCAAUGAAAGAAUAGACAAGGGAGCAGAGGGGGAGGAGAGAGCGAGGGAGAGAGGGACAGAAUAGAAACGAAUAGAAACCCCUCGUUUCCAUUCUCUCCCACCAACCCUACGCUAUAUUUGCCGCGAAAUCCCCGCCCCCUCCUCCCUCUCCCCCCACUCCUUCCCCUUCUCUCCCUUCUCUCCUUCGAUUCGAUCCAUCCGAUUCUUCUCCCACUCGGCAUUUAGCGGUUCGGUUCUUGAUCUCCUUCCUUCGGCCAAUGUUGGUUGAUCCCUCCUUCGUUUGGUCCCCUUUCCACGGUUCCGUCUUGCCUCGGAUCUAAUCGGAUCACGUCUCGAUUCCCAUUUUUCAGCUCGAAGAAGUCUCCAUUCUCAAUAAUAGGGCAGAUGGAUCUGUUCUUUAAGCUUCUUUCUGGAAAACAUUUCACAUGGUGACUGUCUACGAGUGUUGUUUGCCUGGAUUAUGCACAAAGACUUCGAAGGAAGUUUCAGCUGAAGAGAAAAUUUUUGUAUCUGAACCAAAGGAACCAUGAAAAAAGCUUUUGAUCAAACAUUUAGAGACCUCAAGAGAGAGGUCAACAAGAAAGUCUUAAAGGUGCCUGGUAUUGAGCGGAAGGUGCUUGAUGCAACAAGCAACGAAGCUUGGGGUCCUCAUGGGUCGCACCUGGCAGAUAUUGCACAGGCCACCCGGAACUAUCAUGAAUUUCAGAUGAUCAUGGUGGUCAUCUGGAAGAGGAUUAAUGAUACUGGAAAAAAUUGGCGUCAUGUCUAUAAGGCAUUGACUGUUCUGGAGUACCUAGUAGCACAUGGAUCUGAACGUGUAAUUGAUGAAAUCAGGGAACAUGCUUAUCAAAUAUCGACUUUGUCCGACUUCCAGUAUAUUGAUUCUAGUGGGAGGGAUCAGGGAAGCAAUGUUAGGAGGAAAUCUCAGAGUCUCGUUGCUCUAGUAAACAGUAAAGAAAGAAUACAGGAGGUCAGAGAGAAAGCUGCUGCUAACAAAGAAAAGUAUCGUGGUGGCAGAACAUAUAGGCCUGAUUCUCAUGGACAUGAUGAUCGCUUUGAUGAUAAUCAUUUUGAGGGUCGUUACAGAAAUAGAGAUGAAGAUCGCAAUGGGUAUGAGAGGGAAAGAGAUUCAGGGUAUGACAGAUAUGGCCGAGGUGGGGACUCAUCUAGUCAGGAUGGAGAUCGCUACAGUCGGGAUUUUGGUGAACGCUACAGAACAGAUGCUUAUGGAGAUGAGAGUUAUAGAGGGCGUGGCAGUGAUAGUUACCGAUUUAGGUCAAGAAGUAGGAGUGUUGAUGUUGAUACAGAUCGUUCUGUUGAUGAUGAUGACCGUUAUUCAUAUCGAAGUGGUGAUACAAGGGCUGAUGACCAUUUUCAGCAUGAAAGACAACUUGAGUGCAAGCUAUCUGAGGAAAUUGUUAGUGCCCCACCCAGUUACGAGGAAGCAACAAGGGAUGCCCAAAACUAUGUGCAGGAUGAGAGGGAUGGAGGGACCUUAAAGGCACCCAUAGAUGAUACAUCUUCACUAGCUGCACCUAAGGCAACUUCUUCCAAAGAUGCAAGCCAAAGUCGAGACCCUGCUGUCACUGGUGGAUCAGUGGCAGCUGAAGACAACAUAGUUGAUGCUUUUGAUGAGUUUGAUCUGCGUGCUUCAGUGGCAGCUGCUCCACUGGCUGCAAGUAGUCAAGAGUUGGACAUUUUUGGAUCCUUAUCAGCACCAGAUUGUGCAAAUUCAAUGCCUCUGGCGACAUUACCUUCUGGCAUCACAAGUUCUGAAGCUGAUACGCCAAUUAAUUCUGGUUUUGGGACAAAUCUUGUUGUCCCAUCAACAUCCUCUGCUACUGUGAACCAGCCUGUUGAAGAUCCUUUUGGAGAUUCUCCUUUCAAGGCUACUCAAGAAGAUUUCCCGGCUCAGCCACAAGGCUUCACACCUGCCCCUUCCUUCCAGCCUCUUGGAUCAGCUGGUGGUACUGAAACUCAACAGCCAAUAGCCCCCACCUUGGAAGCAUUCUCAAACUUCAAUUUUGGUGACACCUUGGAUGGUAUUACUUACGCUCCAACUGCUGCAAAUAGUCAACAUUCUUCUGCUGGUCCUACAUUUUUGGCUGCAGAGUUUCCCAACGCACAGGAAAACAGCGAUAUUCUUGCAGAUAUUCUACCACCUACAGGCCUUGCAGCUCAAAUCCCUUCACAGGCAGUUCAGCAUACGGCUACGACAGCUACAGCAAGUGCUCAAAUGAAUUUCCUUCCCCAGUCAGGGGGAGCUGUUCUACCACAGAUGAGCUUUGCAGCCAAAAUCCCUACACAGGCAGGUCAACCUGCAGCUCCAACAACUAUAGAUGGUGCUCAAAUGGAUUUCAUCCCGUGUCCCUGGCUAUCAACUCCAGAAGCAGCUCCAGUUUCAUCACAGGCAGCUUGUUUUGCAGCUCCAGCCAGUAUGCAGGCAGCUGAGCCCACAGCUCCAACUACACGUGGCGCUCAAAUGAAUUUUCUCCCUUAUUCAAAGCUAUCAACUCCACAAGCAGUUGCAAUUUCAUCACAGACAGCUCAUUUUGCAGCUCCAACUAGUAUGCAGACACCUCAACCUACAGGUCCAAUAACUACACAUGGUGCUCAAAUGAGUUUUCACCCCUAUUCUGAGCUAUCAACUCCACAAUCUGCCCCAGCUAUAUCACAGACAGCUCAUUUUGCCGAUCCAGCUAUUACGCAGACAGCUCAACCUGCAGCUUCAUCUGAUAUCCUUCCCUUCCAGUCAGUUGCAUCAGCUCCGGUAGCUUCACAAGCAGCUUCCACUCCCUUGGCUCUACCUCCUGUGAAAGCUCAGCCAUCAAAAUUCCAGCCAAAAUCUGCAGUCUGGGCAGACACAUUGAGCCGAGGUCUUAUCGAUCUGAACAUAUCUGGACCUAAAGUCAAUCCCUUAGCAGAUAUUGGAAUUGACUUUGAGACCAUGAACCGGAGGGAGAAGAGAAAAGAGAUGAAAAGCUCUGCGACUCCUGCUACAUCUACCAUCACCAUGGGCCAAGCUAUGGGAGCUGGUUCUGGUAUCGGUCGAGCUGGUGCAGGUGGCCUUGCCCCACCUCCAAAUCCCACAAUCAACCCAGGCUUGGGAAUGGCCAUGGGCAUGGGAGUGGGCGGAGGAACUGGCAUGGGAAUGGGUGUCGGCAUGAGCAUGGGCGGGUAUGGUUGGGGCAUGAAUCAAUUACCUGUGGGCAUGGGAAUGGGGAUGAACAUGGGUAUGGGCAUGGGAGUGAAUAUGGGCAUGGGUCAAGGAGCACACGCGCGACCGCCCACUGGAUUGCCUCCCGGUCCUGGCAUGCCUCCGGCUCCUGGCUUGUCAGGUAUUGGCUACAAUCCCAUGAUGGGUAUGGACAACUAUGGAUCACAACAGCCAUAUGGAGGUGGGUAUGGAUGAAAGAGUUUAAUCAUUAAAUAAAACUGGGAAGGAGAAACGAACCCAAGCCUGAGAAUUGGUGGCACUGGUAUUCCUGAGCUGGUUGAUUAAGAUGUACUUGUGUAAAUUGCAUUCAUUGUUUGGGCGUUAGGAUUCUAUGAAUGUCUAGUAUUGAAAGUCAGGCUUGAUCUGCGAGUAUUUGAUGCGGUGUUAACUGGAUGAUAGAUUGUUCUAGGUUCAUUUGUGGAUUAUUUUUGAAAUUUGUAACAGCAUGUUUGCUGGAAGGAAAAUAAAUUUCAUUGUCAUUUUUUCAUAUUGGAAAACCUUGUUGAAUUUUAACAAAUCUUCCAUAAGAUCAUCUGAAUUUG